AUGGAAGAAGAUCGUCAUAAAUUAAAGCGAGUUUAUAUGAGUGGCGCAGAAAAACGAAAAUUGGCAAAAGAAAAAGAUAAAAAAAAUACGGAAAUAAUUUCAAAAACUAGUCAAUUUACUCAUGAUGGUUUCUGUGACUGGAAGCAUGCAGAUAAUCGAUUAAUAAGUCAUGAAACUUCCAAAGAUCAUUUAAAUUCUGUGAUAAAUUUAGCUGUUCGUUCAAAAGAAUUAGGCCGUAUUAACAAUGAACUUAUAAAACAAAGUGAAGAUGUAAGGAGUUACUGGCGUAAUAUAAUCAAGAGACUCGUAAGUGUUAUAACAUUUAUAUGUGAACGAGGUUUAGCAUUACGUGGUAAAAAUGAAAUUGUCGGUUCGUCUAAAAAUGGUAACUAUCUUGGAAUUCUAGAGCUAUUAGCUGAGUAUGAUAAUUUUCUUAAACAGCAUAUUGAAAAUCAUGCAAAUCGUGGAAGUGGUCACACUAACUAUUUAUCUUCUACUAUCUACUCAACACCUGAUGAAGGUCAUAUAGAUCAAUUAACAUUAAUUUUUAGAUAUAUUGAAAAAGAUACACCAGUGGAAAGAUUUUUGGUAUUUAUGCCAAACCAAGGCCAUAAAGCUCAAGAUAUAGGCCAAUCGUAUGAUAAUGCUUCUGCAAUGAGUGGGAAAUAUAAUGGUCUCCAAUCAAAAAUUCUGAAAAAUAAUAAACUAGCUUCGUGGAUUCCAUGUGCUACACAUUCCCUAAAUUUGGUAGGAAAAGCAGCAGCCGAGUGCUGUACUGCUGCUGUUGAAUUUUUUUACUUUUUAGAGCAGUUAUAUGUAUUUUUUACGGCAUCAACAAAACGUUAUGAACUACUGGUUAAAGCUCUAAGUUUAGAAAAUACCAAAACCCGUAUCCAUGUACCACAACGAGUUAAUACUACACGCUGGUCAUGUAGAUCUGAUGCAACAAAAGCUCUUAUACUAGGCUAUAAACAAUUUAAAGAUACUCUAAUUCAAAUAGCUGAUGACUUUGAACAAACAACAAAAACGCGUUGCGAUGCAAAUUGUUUAAACAACAAAUUGUGCACACUUGAAACUGGAAUUUACACGGUUUUUUGGAAUAAUAUCCUUGAAAGAGUAGAUAAAACUAAUAAAUUACUGCAAGAUGCGACAUUUGACCUUAAUACUGCAAUAUCUGCUAUUAAGUCUUUAAAGAAUUUUGUUCAAGCUAAACGUGAUAACUUUGAUCAAUAUGAAAAACAAGGAGCAGAAAUUUAG